AUGGAGAGUCAAUUGGCUCAAAUUGCACAACAAGUUGGAAGUUCAUCCUCCAAUCCUAGUGGUCAUUGUCCAAGCUCAACGAUAGUGAACCCAAAGGAGCAAGAUAAGGCUAUUACUUUAAGAUCGGGAAGAGGCUAUGAGGGCCCGGUUAUGAGUGAAGAGGAGCCACAAAAGAGAGAUGAGGGAGUUGUGGUGAGAAGUGAGGAUGAUUUUGAAAAUGAAGUAGUUGAAGUUGAGAGAAAAGAGCAAAAGAGUGAUGAGGGAGCCACAAAGAAAGAUGAGGGAUAUGAAGAAAGAGUAGAAAAGCCCCCUAUGAGAGAUCUUCUAUCCAAAAAGAGUAGGCUUGAAGAGAGUGCAACCAUCUCCCUUCCUAAGGAGGUGAGUGCAAUCAUUCAAAACAAGCUUCCCCAAAAGCUUGGUGACCCCGGUAGCUAUGCAAUAACGGUGAAUAUUGGAGAUUUGGAAGCUAUAAAUUCUUUAUGUGAUCUUGGGGAAAGGUUGAGCUUGAUGCCCUAUUAUAUUGCAAAGAGCUUGAAAGUUGGAGACUUGAAACCAACAAGAAUGUCCUUACAACUAGCCGACCGCACGGUUAGGCUACCUUUGGGGAUUCUUGAAGAUGUGCCAGUUCAAGUUGGAAGAGUAUUUGUGCCAUGUGAUUUUGUAGUAAUGAAGAUGGAAGAAGAUUCAAGAGUACCCCUCAUUUUGGGGAGACCAUUUUUGAACACCGCGGGAGUGGUGAUUGAUAUGAAAGAAGGAAGAUUGACUUUGAAUGUGGGAGAUGAGAAAAUUUCAUUCUCAUUCUCACAAACUUUGAAAAAGCCAUUGAUUGAUGAGGUUCAUAGAAUUGACACAUUGGAGAGGGACUUAGAAGAGUUCCGAGAAAGAUUGUAUGAAAGUGAUCCUUUACAAGCUACCCUAACGGGAAGCUUAGUUGAUGAGGGGGAAGAAGCAAAGGGGUAUGAUCUCUUGCUCAACCAACCUUUGGCCCACGAGGUGAUGAAAUUUGAAGUGCUUAACGUGGAGGCAAAAGAGGAGAGGACUACGCCUCCUCCUAAGGUUUAA